AUGCAUAAAACGAUAAGAAAGCUAUUUAGCGAUGAGGUGUGUGAUAAGAUAGAAAAUAUGAAAAUAUUGUUGGUAGGAGCGGGUGGUAUUGGUAGUGAGUUUUUAAAAAAUAUAAUAACAAUAGGUUGUAAGAAUAUUGACAUUAUAGAUAUAGAUACGAUAGAUAUUACUAAUUUGAAUAGGCAAUUUUUAUUUAAAAAGAAAGAUGUAAAAAAGUAUAAAUCUCUUGUAGCAAAAGAGAGAGCAUUAAUGCAUAAAAAGGAUUUAAAUAUAAAUGCAUAUACAUUUGAUGUAUGUACUAUGAAAAGUAGUGAUAUAAAAAAAUAUGAUUAUGUAAUUAAUGCAUUAGAUAAUAUAAAAGCUCGAAAAUAUGUAAAUAAGUUAUGUAUUAUGGAAAAAAAAGUAUUAAUAGAAGCUGGAAGUACAGGUUAUAAUGGUCAGGUAUAUCCAAUAUAUUAUAACCAUACAAAAUGUUAUAGUUGUGAAGAAAAACCAAAAAAUAAAACAUAUGCCAUAUGUACAAUAAGACAAACACCUUCUUUACCUGAACAUUGUGUUGCUUGGGGUAGAUUAAUAUUUGAGACAUUUUUUUGUAAAAAUGAUAACGAAACAUUAAUAGAUAUUAAAAAUCAUAUAGAAGAAGAAUCUAAGAAAAGAAAUAUGGAUAAGAAGGAAAUUAUAAUUUUUAUUUUUAAUUAUUUAUUUAAUGAUACUAUAAAAGAGUUAAUUUAUUUAAAGAAAGAUUAUACAACUAUUCCUAUACCAAUACAUUUUGAAUGGGAUGAGAAUAUUAUAGAUCUUUUUGAAGAUGAAAGUGAACAUAAUCAAAAUGAAAUAAAUAUAGACAAAUUGAAUGAUAAUAAAAACAAUAUGGGCGAUAACAAAUAUUAUUGUAAUAAUUUCAAAUGUGAAGAAAAGGAUAGAGAAAAAGAUGACAAUGUACUCAUGUUAUCGUCACAAAAUAUAUGGGAUAAAAAAAAAUGUAUAGAAAUGUAUAUAAAAACAUUUUUAAAAUUAUAUAAAUAUUUGAAUAUAAAUAAAAAAGAAGAAGAAUAUUUAAUAUUUGAUAAAGAUGAUGAUGAAUGUAUAAAUUUUAUAACAUCUAUAUCCAAUAUUAGAAUGUUAAAUUUUUGUAUUAGUCAAAAAAGUAAAUUCGAUAUACAAUCCAUAGCAGGAAAUAUAAUACCUGCAAUAUCAUCGACAAAUGCUAUUGUUGCUUCCUUACAAGCUUUUCAAUUAAUUCAUGUGAUUGAAUAUUUUGAAACAUUAAAAAAUAAAAAUAAUAAAAAAAAUAAUAAUAAUAAUAAAAAAAAUAAUAAUAAUAAUAAUAAUAAUAAUAAUGAGAAUAAUGUUAGUUAUUGUGAUGAAGAAGAAAACAAGACAGACCAUUUUAAUAUACGAAAUAGUAAAGCUAAACAUGUAUGGGUAAAAAGUAUAGUUAACGGAAAUAAAAUAUUUUCAAGAGGAAACUUAGUUAAUGCUGAACCUUUAGAAAUCCCUAAUCCAAAUUGUUAUAUAUGUCAGCAACCUACUAUACAUAUAUAUAUAAAAAAUUUCGAGAAAAUGACAUUAUAUAAUUUUGUAAAGGAUAUAUGUAUGAAUGAAUUGUCAUUCUUAUAUCCUUUCCUAGAUAAAGAUGAUAGAAAUAUAUUCGACUAUGAUUUAUUUCAAGAAAAUGAUGAUGAUUAUAUACAAAAUCUAUAUGCUUCCUUAAGUUACUGGAAUAUAAAACAUGAUGAAAUAUUAUUACUUACAGAUUUUCAAAAUAACAAUGAUCAAUUGGAAAUGCACUUAAAAGAAGACCCUUCCCUAGAAACAGAAUAUUUUAUACAACAAAAAAAUGUUCCUUCGAAAAAAAGAAAGAUAAAUUAUAUGCAGGUCGAAGGAAAUAUGGAUACUGAAAGCGUUAAAAAAAAGAGACAUAUAUUAUCCGACGAACAUAAGGAAACAAACGAUGAAAAACAACCUACUAAAAAGAGAAAACAGGACUUGAUUAAAGUAGAAGAAAUAAUAAUUGACGACGAAGAAAGUGAUAAUCAAAAUGUCGUCUUGAUUGAUUAA